GGGGUUGUGCCGUGGGGCGGAGCGGGACCUGCCGGGCGCGGCUGCCCGAGGGGGGCCCUCCCAGAAGAACAGGAAACUCCAGAAAAGGUGAUAGAAGCUCCAGCUAAAGCAUCAGUCUUUCUAAGCAGGUAUGCAAUGAUCUCUUCUAGGUAAAAAUUGAAAAGUAUCUUGUCAGAUCACACGAGCAACUAUGAAUGACAUUGCACAAAAGGCUGAGAUUCUGCUUUCUUCAUCUAAACCUGUCCAAAAAUCCUAUGUGCCUAAACUUCGCAAGGGUGAUGUAAAGGAUAAAUUUGAAGCUAUGCAGAAAGCAAGGGAAGAAAGAAAUCAAAGGAGAUCUAGAGAUGAAAAGCAAAGAAGAAAAGAACAAUAUGUUAGAGAGAGAGAAUGGAACAGGAGAAAGCAGGAGAUGAAAGAACAGCUCGCUUCUGAUGAAGAAGAUGACACGUCUAAAACAGAGAAAGCUUAUGUUCCAAAGCUUAUUGGAACUGUUAAAGGCAAGUAUGCAGAAAUGGAGAAACAAAGACAAGAAGAAGAAAGAAAAAGAAUGGAAGAAGAAAGAAAGCGUAGAAUUGAACAAGAUAUGAUUGAGAAAAGGAAAAUUCAGAGAGAAUUGGCAAAAAAAGCCCAGGAGAUUGAGGACUUAAACAAUACGGGAACUGAAUCAGCAUCGGAGGAAGGAGACGAUUCAUUGCUGGUGACAGUAGUGCCUGUAAAACCUAACAAAACACCUGGAAAGAUGAAAAUAAGUGCUGACGACGUAGGAAAAGAAAGAGAAGAAGAAAGAAAGCAUGAAGAGGAAAAAUUAAGAUAUGAGGAACAGAAACAAUCUCUAAAAGAAGCCAAGUGUCUUUCAUUUGUCAUGGAUGAAAAUGAAGACACUGAAAGACGUGAACCCCUGUCUUCUGGGAAACUGAAAGUAACAUUUGAAGAAUUGGAAAGACAGAGACAAGAAAAUCAAAGACGGCAAGCAGAGGAAGAAGCAAGACAACGUUUAGAAGAGGAAAGACGCGCCUUUGAAGAAGCUAGACAACAAAUGGCAAAUGAUGAAGAGUACGAUAAAGCAGCUGAAAGUUCUAUCAAAGAGUUCCGUCCUGGUAAACUCAAACUCAGUUUUGAGGAGUUAGAAAGACAGAGGAGAGAAGAGGAAAAAAGGAAAGCAGAAGAAGAAGCAAGACGACGCAUAGAAGAAGAGAAAAGGGCAUUUGCUGAAGCCAGGAGGACUAUGGUACUGGAUGAUGAAUCCCCAGAGAUGUUUAAAACAGUUUCUCAAGAAUCUCUUAUACCAGGUAAACUGGAAAUUAAUUUUGAGGAGUUACUGAGACAAAAAAUGGAAGAAGAAAAGAGACGCACAGAAGAAGAACGCAAGCAAAAACUGGAAAUGGAGAAGCAAGAAUUUGAGCAGCUUAGAAAAGAAAUGGGAGAGGAAGAGGAAGAAACAGAAAUCUUUGAGCUAAGCAGGGAAUAUGAAGAACUAAUAAAAUUAAAGAGAAGUGGCUCUAUCCAGGCAAAGAACUUAAAAAGCAAGUUUGAAAAGAUUGGACAGUUAUCUGAAGAAGAAAUACAGAGAAAAAUUGAAGAAGAGCGGGCUAGAAGAAGAGCAGUGGACCAGGAAAUUAGAGACAGGGAAGCGGAGAAAUUUCAAGAGGAAGACGAGGUAGAUGUGAAACCAGCCAAGAAAUCAGAGGCUCCAUUUACUCAUAAAGUAAACAUGAAGGCUCGGUUUGAGAAAAUGGCAAAAGCAAGGGAGGAAGAGGAACAGCGAAGAAUCGAAGAACAAAAAUUACUACGUAUGCAGUUUGAACAAAAGGAAAUAGAUGCUGCAUUACAGAAGAAGAGGGAGGAAGAAGAGGAGGAGGAGGGAAGUAUUCUUAAUGGUUCUACUUAUGAAGAUGAAGAGGACCAAGCACGGUCUGGAGCUCCCUGGUUCAAGAAACCGCUAAAAAAUAUAUCAGUUGUUGACAGUGAGCCAGUAAGGUUCACUGUUAAAAUUACUGGAGAGCCAAAGCCUGAAGUCACUUGGUGGUUUGAGGGGGAAAUGUUACAGGACUCUGAGGACUAUCAGUACAUUGAAAGAGGAGACACGUACUGCCUUUAUCUACCAGAAACUUUCCCAGAAGAUGAAGGAGAAUAUAUGUGUAAAGCAGUCAACAGCAGAGGCACAUCAGCUAGCACCUGUAUACUCACCAUUGAAACUGAUGACUACUAAUGCUCUACUUUUGCUGGAAAUUUCCUUCCCCUCGGCUUUCUUACUACCGCAUCAUCUCUCUCUCUGUGGUGGGGCCAAUUAAGGAAACAAGAAAGUGUUGUUUUGUCAUUCCUGUAUCAGAGGUGGAUAGCCAUCAAAAUGCACAGGGUUCAGACUCAUUUCAAUGUGAAAGUUGGUACCAGACAAUAUAAAUGAGGUUUUGAUAGUAAAAGAAUAAGUUACAGGAAAAAACUAAAUUGCUUGUGUUCCCACAUAUGAAGACCAAGUAUUCUGUAAGAAUACUACAGCAAAUUAUACUGAUCUGGAAGUUUCUGAAGUAGUAUAAAUGUGUCAAUACAUUCUGCAUGUACACUAAGCUUUUAACUGCUUUUUGUCUCAAAAGGAAUUAGUAGACAAAGAGAAUGAUCUUGGAAAAGCAAUGUACUGUUUUUAAACAAUGACAAAUUAUGCUAUGGCUUAACUUCUACUUUAAUUUUUUUUGCCUCCGAGUUUGCUUUAAUACAUAUAUACAUUCAAAAUGAUGUGUUGCUUUUAAAGUGUGUAAUCACUAAUAAUGUAAAUACAUCCAUAGGAUUGAGAAGUCUGUAAAACUACCAAAACUUAUACAAAGUAACAAAAGAGUACCAAUUACUCAUGAAAAUCAUGCCAACAUAAUGGUGUACCAAAAUUAAGUUUGUAGAGCAAGUUUUUGGAUACACUCUGGUAAUACUGUGGUUAGUUUUUCAUCUUCAUCUUUACCGGCUAGAAUUUGUUCAUUAUUGCAUCUCAGCUUAUAUGCUUGAAAUCCUAAAAUAAAAAUGGAGUAUGAUAACAGAAAUACAUGCAUUUAGUUUCCAUGCUAUAUAUUUAUUUUAGUCUUUGGGGGGCUGACAAGACAGAUGAAUUCUUUUUUUGUAUAAGGACUCCUAGUGCUGGAAAAUUCAGGAGAAAAUGGAUACAAGUGCCAGUUUCAAAAUAAUAAAGACAUCUUCAAAUGGGCUUUUGUUCAGACUACAUCCAGUUUUUAUAGGAAAAUGUUCUUAGUAGUAAUUACAAGGAUUUAUUGCAAAUCAUGUCUUCUGGUUGUUGGUUCCAUUUAUAUUUGUAUCAACAGCAUCUUUUAUAACACUUUUUUGGCUCAACAAUUACAGGGCAGAAGUGUCCCAAAGUCCUGUUUGUUUAGUGGUUGUGCGCCAGGAUUCUGUGCAUUAGAAGAUAAAUAAAACACAUUCUGCCACCAA